AAAAUAUUCAUUUGUAUUAAAUUCAUAGACCUAAUAAGAAAAUGGCACAUUCUUGUUUUGCAAACGGUUGCAAAUCUAAAUACAGCAAAGAAACAAAUAUUAGGAAAAUUGCAAUUUUCAACCAGAGGUCUAGUGCAGGAGUUGUGCAGUUCGUGAAGUUUGACAAUGUCAUUAUCGACGUGGAAAUGAUCGACAAAGAUCCACAGGUGCGGCGUAAGACAUCGUUGAACUAUCCCACUUAUGAAGCUAAAGAUAAUUCACCAUCUGAAUCGCAGAGACCACAUUUUCCAUUGGUGUUUGCGACACUGUUCCAAAUUUCAUCUUUAUGGACAACAUCUUUACUUCACAUCAUACUUCUCGUGUUUUCUAUAUUUCCCCUUGUUUUAAUUAAUUAAAAAUAAAAAAAACCAUGUCUCCAAAAGCAAUGUCUUUUGUAUAAAAUGUGCUGAAAGAUGGACUGUCAAUUGGAAUU